AUGCUGUCAUAUCAGAGACAGAAAUUAAAAGCUCAUCUAUCUCUGACAUGCCAUCAGUUAUCAAAACAUCGGACAGAGCCGCCCACAACAUAUCACACACUUUCACUUCCGCCGGACCAAAAACCACCCACAACAUAUCACACACUUUCACUUCCGCCGGACCAAAAACCACCCACAACAUAUCACACACCUUCACUUCCGCUGGACCAAAAACCACCCACAACAUAUCACACACCUUCACUUCCGCCGGACCAAAAACCACCCACAACAUAUCACACACCUUCACUUCCGCUGGACCAAAAACCACCCACAACAUAUCACACACUUUCACUUCCGCCGGACCAGAAGCCACCAACAACACAGACACCUUCACUUCCGCCGGACCAGAAGCCACCAACAACACAGACACCUUCACUUCCGCCGGACCAGAAGCCACCAACAACACAGACACCUUCACUUCCGCCGGACCAGAAGCCACCAACAACACAGACACCUUCACUUCCGCCGGACCAGAAGCCACCAACAACACAGACACCUUCACUUCCGCCGGACCAGAAGCCACCAACAACAAAUCAGACACCGUCACUUCCGCCGGACCAAAAGCCGAUACAAAAGGUGGAGGUGCAGGUGGAGGUGGAGGUGCUGGAGUUGUCUCCAAUCCUCUUCUUACAUUUACGACAGUUGUUGUAGUGGUUGCCUUUCUUGGACUUCUGCACUGAAGAUUGGAUUCAAUGACACUGUCAAAGUCUCAUGUAUUUUCCCAAGUACCUACAUGUCUCUCAUACUAAAAGUAAAAAUUAUUUUUAAAAUGUCGUAUAUAAGUUUCUUGAGAGAUAAAAGAUACAAUAACAUUACCGGUAAUUUUCCGUACUUAUACAUAAUGUUGUUUUCACUUUUUUUUCAUUAUUUGGGAUAUAUCUCAACUCAAGAAAUAAUCUUGGUUCGCUCCUAUCUUUAACCUUGAAUUAAGAAUUUACCUAAGGUUCAAAGAAAUAAAACAUUAACGUUUUAUAAUAGCAGGAUAAAUUGUUGCAAGAAGAGAUUCUUUCGUCCUAUUUAGCGAAUAUACUGCUUUUGUCAUGUGAUAAUUUUUCGGAUUACUGUUCCAUAUUUCUAAAACAAUUAUUUUUCAGGGGGUUUUAUUUUCUUAAAAGAUAUACACGUAGUUAUUUUCGGGAAUAAAAAACAGAAGCCACCCUCCAGUUAAAUUUUGUCAUGUUGACGCCACAUUAUUUUAUCUAACAUAUUUUACUGGCCUAAAACAAAAUAUUUUCAGAAAGUUAAAAAUGUCUUUGUUUGCAUAUAUUAACUUUAAAGUUGGAUUAAAUUCUCAAUAAGUGUUCAGAUGACAUUAGACUAAAUCUACUUUAAAAUUGUUGUUUUAUUUCCCUGCUCCUUUACCUUUUCUCAUUUUUAAUCAUGUUGUUAUACACCGAACUACGCAGGAGUACAUUACAUGGGAGACAACUAAAAGAUAGGCACUGUAUAAUUAUGAAGCAAGUUCACUCCCUUGAUGAUUUCUUCUUGAUAAUCUUCAAGUGCCCAUUCCACUAAAUCGGCUCUAUCAGGAGACUACACAAAAUUCGUUCUCCAAACACAAGGCGAAGGAUUUGCUAUUGACAAAGUCUGGCACUAUAUGCUAUGUCAUGCAAAAUACAACGGGAAAAAAUGUCACUCGAAGCACUUUAAUUAAUUUAGCUACUAAUGACUACAAAUCAAUAAUACAACGCAUGCUAAACUUUUAAGUGAGUUUUGAAUUUGUCAGACGAAUCCGUGCCUUUGUGUGUAUAAAUGGGAUGUAAUACAAUGUUAGUUAAUAUGUAUAUGUGUAACAAAGUGAAUUAUUCUAUAAAACGUAUGAGGAACAUUCUAGAUCGAGUGAUAGAUUAUAUAUUUAUAUAUGGAAAGGAUUGUGAUCUUGUUAAAAAAAUAGGUGGAUUGAUUGCCGUGCAAUUGGGACGUGUGUAUCGCCGUGGUCAUCGAAUCCCGAAUGAUGUCGUCCAAUUGAAACAGCACCUUGUACAUUCUGGAUGUGUUUCAAAUGUAUCAAAAUAACUAGGACUAAAUGUAGUUUCUGUGUUGGACAUGCCCAUUUUUUUCUUAUCUUAGAAAACUGUGACCCAUGUUUACUCAUUUACCUAUAUUAAUUGGUGCAAUGUUAACAAUAAAAAAGGGAAGGUGUCUUUUUGAAUGACAUUA